AUGUCCAAACUACGAAAUGUCAUUCGAUCAGUAUUGCAAAUAGGAGACCGAAAGAUCCCCAUAGUGUCAACUGGUCUCAAGGCUAUUUUGGGAGGACUUGAAAACAUCCUGGAGUCGAGUUCCCAAGAAAAAGAAGAAAAAGGCAAAGAAAGCUGGCAAAAAGAACAAAAAGAAAAAGGCUGCAAAAAGAGGGUGAUACUGAAGAAGAACGACAAACCAAAGGAAACAUCCAAAAAACAACCCAGUGCUGCCACCAAAAAACAUCUGGUUUCCAAACUGUCCGCUACCAACCCCAAUUAUCGGAUCCAAAGAGAACUCAAAGAGUUCAUCCAAGAACCGCCGCCGAAUCUCUCUGUCAAGGUUGGCAAAAACAUUCGAGUGUGGAUCGUUACCAUGAUCGGAGCCAAAAACACCAUCUACGAAGGUGAAGUCUACAAACUUCGAGUAUCUUUCCCUCCACAAUAUCCAACCAUGCCACCCAGUGUCUACUUUUUGCCACCCAACAUUCCAAAACACGAACACGUGUAUACCAAUGGAGACAUUUGCCUGUCACUGCUGGGCAAAGACUGGCGUCCCACCAUGACAGCUCAAUCCAUUGCCAACUCCAUUCUAUCCAUACUUUCCUCGGCGCAGUCGAAGUCGAUUCCUAUGGACAACGCCAAACAUGCCCAAAACAAACCAGGACAGUACCAAGAAGAUUGGGUGUAUCACGACGACAAUUGCUAAUGAUCAAACACUUGCAUCUAUCUAGAUCCAUACGAAAUGGCCGACAAAGGGAACUUUAGUCGCGGCAAUUCAAAUGGAUGAGUCAAUCUUCUUGGGUGUGAUUGUUGUGUAGGGCCACAAGCCAUGGACGAGCUAUUCGUUGAUCAUGUCAGUCAAUGUAAACACUAACAACUGUACUGGUAUCCAGUAGGCAGAAUCUGACCCUUGCUUGCUUGCACGCCAAUCCAGUCCAAUAGUCGUAAAACUAACUUCCACUAUAGCUAGCUAGGAAAGCGAUUCCUAUGCUUGGCAACUUGAUUGUGUUCUGGGACGGCAAGCGUGAUGCCACCGGUGAGAACCUGCUCC